CACAACACAUCACACCUCUUUUUCUAUCUUCCCUUUCCCUUACACCAAACCAAACCCAACCCCUUCUUGUUCUUACGCUCAAUGGAAUCUACGGUGCACGUGGCUGAGAGCCAAACGACGCCGGUUUGGACGGACGAGAAGCACGUGCACUUCCUCAACAGCAUGGAAGCCUCCUUCGUCACAACAAUGCUCCACCGUUAUGGUCGUUAUGGCUUGAACCACCAUCUCCGCCUCGACCGCCAUAUACCCGACACCUCCGAUUCCACCUUGGAUUCCAUACCACGCCGCAGAACCAAGAAACAUGCACCCUCAGAUUCAAUGGGUCCAAUUAGAGUCAGAAUGGGGAGCAGAAGGACGAGGAGGAGAUCAUAUCAACUGCAUAAUUCAUCAUCGGAGCAGGUUGUCCCACAAGUAGAAAAUGGAAGAGAAGGUGCUACUUGUGUUUUUGGAGAAGAUGAUAACGAACAGAGAAGUAAUGUUUAG